GCAUGUAUCAGAAUCAUUUUAUGAUGAACGUAAGGUCCUUAAACCUCAUAAACGCGGACGACAUGCUUCAUCCUAUGUCGUAUGGCAUGAGUUGACAUCCAAAAUACUCGAUCUCACCAUAACGACCCUUACAAUUUCUCCUUUCGAAUUACGUCGUCAAAAGGAUAUCAUCACUAGAUAUCAUUUCCUUAAGCGCGAAAAAUUCCUUUCACAGCCAGCGUACAUUCGGACGGCAUUCUUCAUCCUAAGUCAUAUAAGUCAUAUAUAUACACAGUCGCUUAAGGAUUCGAUGCAUGCUGUUGAAAUACCUCCGAAUAGUAAUCGACCCAUCUUAAAAGCGGAUGAUCUUAGAAAUCAGCUAAAUAACAAUAUAUGGCAUGAGUGGGUUGACAUCCAAAGUCGUUCGAAAAAGCUAAAAAAUACCAAACUGUUAAACGGUGGUUAG